CAACUAAACCAUCAUAUCUACGCUAAAUCUUCCCUUCCCUCUUCUUUCCCAUAAUAACACAGUCCUCCAAAACCUAACCCUAAACCCUUCAAGAAUUUGAGAAACCCAUAAAUCCAGCGAUGGUGUGCAUAAGGAAAGCCACGAUAGAUGACUUACUGGCGAUGCAGGCUUGUAACCUGCUAUGUCUACCGGAGAAUUACCAGAUGAAGUAUUAUUUCUACCACAUACUCUCCUGGCCACAGCUCCUCUAUGUCGCCGAAGACUACAACGGUCGUAUCGUUGGCUACGUAUUGGCCAAGAUGGAAGAAGAGUCAAAUGAGUGUCACGGCCAUAUCACCUCCCUCGCUGUCCUCCGUACUCACCGCAAGUUGGGCCUUGCUACUAAGCUCAUGAACGCUGCUCAGACCGCCAUGGAACAGGUAUUUGGUGCUGAGUAUGUAUCGCUGCAUGUGAGGAAGAGUAACCGUGCAGCAUUCAAUCUGUACACUGAAACAUUGGGAUAUAAGAUUCAUGAUGUGGAGGCUAAGUAUUAUGCUGAUGGGGAGGAUGCAUAUGAUAUGCGGAAGCAGCUCAAGGGGAAACAAAGUCAUCAUCAUGGGCAUCAUCAUCACCACCACCACCAUCAUCAUGGUGGUGGGUGUUGUGCAGCUGAUACAAAAUCAGUGGAAGCAAGACCGGAUUCAAAAUCAGAGGCAAAAGCCAGCACAAAGUCAGAAUCCAAAGCAAGUUGAUGUUGAGACUUGCAUCCAGUAUUUGGAGAGCUGGGCUAUACUCUUUUGGUAUGUGAUUCAGUAAUAUUGCUUUUGUACCGAGUAAUAUAUAGUUUGUUUCAGGGAUAAUAAUGCACUUAAGGACCGGGAAGUUGCAUGGCUGUUUCUGUCAUUGCAACCUCAUAUAUUUUAAUGAUCAUGGUUGUGCAAUGGUUGCUAAACCUUCUUCUGAGGAUAGCAUUAUGGCGCCAAUAUUUCUGUUGGAUCUUAUAAUGUGGUUUUAAUUUUUAAGUAUUCAAAACUUUAUAAUUCCUCUUC